UAACAUAUUCUUCCUGAAAUUUCCACGAAAACCUCCCUCUAUUCUAGCUAGAAACACAGAUGUAUUAAAUAUUUUUGGUGGGAUUUUCAUUAGGCCUUGGGGAAUUUGUAUGUACGCAUAACUUAAGACACCAUGUUGUUGUUGCUCUGACAUUUUGUGGGUCAGAAUUUGGUUCCAUUCUUCCUACAUAGGUAUGUUCUUAGCUUAGCAGACAAGCACUUCCAAAUUUCUUGUUACACAACAAAUAACUUUUUUCCCAAAUGUUUCUUCACACAUUUGAGUACCAUAUAAAUCAAGGUGUCACAUUCACCACCAUAAGCAAAGACUCCAUUUUGAGAAUGAAAUCCAACAAAGGCUCCUCUCCCACCGCCGCCAACACCGAGGUUGUUGGAGGGUGGGAAGUCAGGCCAGGAGGGAUGCUUGUGCAGAAGAGGAACUCAGACUGUAAUCACAUUGUUCCAAACAUUAAAGUUAGAGUGAAAUAUGGCUCAGUUUACCAUGAAGUUGUGAUCAGCUCUCAAGCCAGUUUUGGUGAACUGAAAAAGUUAGUGGCAGGUGUAACAGGGGUGCACACACAAGAUCAGAAGCUGAUUUACAAGGAAAAAGAGAGGGAUUCAAAAUGGUUUCUUGAUAGUGCUGGCGUGAGAGAUGGAUCAAAGAUUGUGUUGGUUGAAGAUGAAGUUAGCCGAGAGAGACGGCGCCUUGAAUCUCGAAAGAAUGCUAAACUGGACAAGGCAUCAAAGGAAAUUGCAGAUAUCAAAUUUGAGGUUGAUACCCUCUCAAAAAAGGUGGCAGCAAUUGAAUUGGAAAUUAAUGGAGGCAAGAAAGUUGUGGAGACAGUUUUUUUGAGCUUGAUUGAAUUGUUAAUGACACAGCUCAUAAAGUUGGAUGCAAUUGAUGCUGAUGGAGAUGUAAAGCUCCAUAGAAGAAUGCAGGUGAAAAGGGUGCAGAAGUAUAUAGAAACUCUUGAUAUGCUGAAGGUGAGGAAUUCUAGCCUAGAAAAAUUGCAGCAACACCGGCAGAUUUAUAAGGGAUCGAUGUCGAAAACUUUCCAAAAACAGCAAGAAAUGAAGAAGAUUAAUGGGAAUUUCAAUUAUGGUCAAGUGGUAGUUACAACAAAAUGGGAGACAUUUUGAUGGAUCCAAAGCAGGUUUAAGUCCAAGAAAGUUGCUGUGCUGAAAAAAAAAAUCCAUAUUAUUUGAUUUUUAUUGGUAUCAUGCACAUAUGCUUGCUUGUUUUAUCUUGAAAAUAUUAAUAUAUAUGGGUGGAUGGUCUUGGGAAAUAUGACUGUUUUCAAAUUCUUUUCUGAACUCAGAUUUUGGUGGUUGUGUGAAGUGAGUAUCUUCUUCCAAUUUGUAUAUAAAAAUUGGUAAAGUGGAGGUUUAAGGGCUUUC